GUAUCAAGAGAGAAAAAAAACCUUUUUUUUCUUGUUUAGAAGUUUUUGUUUUGAGGGUAACCCAGAAAGCAAGGGAUGAAUGAACCUGAGAAGAUGGCUGGUAGUGUUGGUGAGGCUAUAAUGGAUGAUUCCAAGCCUGUUAUGGAAGAAACUGGAACUGUUGUUGAUGUUGCUAAUGCUGAGGCUGAAGCUGAAGUUCAGGCUCCAAUGGAGGCCGAGGCCGGAGCUGGUGAAGUGAAAGGCCAAGUUCAAGUUGAAGAACCGACAACUCUCGAAGAAGAUGAUGGAAAAUCGCAGGCCAAGCCAGUUGGUGACAACCCGGAUUCAGUCGAACAACAACCACAAGCCAUUGAAGACACCGGCAAAACUCUCAAUGUCGACAAUACCGGUGCUCGAACUGAGGAAAAAUCGAAGCCUGAGGAGAGUAUUGAUGUUGAAUUUAAGGAUGUCGAGGACAAAUCUUUGGUCGAAACUGAUGCCAAGAUGGAUGAUGUUGGACAUGAUGAUAAUGAUGAUUGUGGUGAUGGUCCCAUUAAUUCACAUGAUAAUGGACUUAGUGGAAGCCCCAACUCUGACAUGAAACCCCAAGAUGAUCGUGAUGACCAUGUCAUCGACAAUGGGGAGCCAUUGAAGGAUUUGCCUACAGGAAGAGAGAUUAAUACCCCAUUGUCUUUGUCCAACCCUAAUUUAUGCUUUGACAACUCGGGGUCAGACACCGAGGAGGAGCAAGCAGCUUUUGUGAAGGAGGUUGAAGCUUUUUACAAGGAGAAUAACCUCGAAUUUAAGCACCCUAAGUUUUACAAGGAGGAUCUUAAUUUGCUAAAGUUAUGGAGAGCUGUCAUUAAAUUGGGAGGCUAUGAACAGGUAACCUCAUGCAAAUUGUGGAGGCAAGUAGGCGAAUCAUUUAAUCCCCCGAAGACCUGCACCACUGUGUCGUGGACAUUCCGUAUCUUUUAUGAGAAGGCACUGCUCGAGUAUGAAAAGCAUAAAAUACAUGGUGGCAUGCUCCCUCACUCGGAUGCUCCCUUUAUUGAGCCUAAUGGAGUUGAAACUAAGGCUGGCAGUAAUCAAGCUCCUGGGUCAGGUAGGGCAAAGAGAGAUGCUGCUGCACGCGCCAUGCGAAGCUGGCAUUCUCAGCGUGUUCUCGAUAACGGUGAGGUCUGUCAUCCAAUCAUCAAGGACAAGACCACUAAUCCAACACUCAAAAGUGACAGACAACUUAAAAAUUUUGGUUUAUUAAAGCGUAAAAGGCCAUCCACCAUGGAGCCUGGUGCCCGAGUUUCUCAACUUAAAUUGACUAAACUACAGCAUUCUUUUGGCAGGUUGGAUACUAUGAUUGUCGAUAUCGGUGCCCCAGCUGAUUGGGUGAAGGUUAACGUGCAAAAAACUGUUGACUGCUUCGAGGUAUACGCUUUGGUUCCUGGGCUUCUCCGGGAGGAGGUGCAUGUUCAGUCUGAUCCAGCAGGACGCUUGGUUAUAUCCGGUCAACCGAAGCAACUCGAUAAUCCUUGGGGUGUCACGCCCUUCAAAAAGGUCGUCAGCCUGCCAUCAAGAAUUGAUCCUCGUCAGACGUCGGCCGUGGUUACCCUGCAUGGUCAGUUGUUCGUACGAGUCCCGUAUGAGACGCCCGACGUAUAAGAUUAAAUUGUAGGGUUAGUUGUCGAUUUAGCAGUUAUAAAAAGGUAAAAUAACUUUUUUAGUUCUUUAUGUUUACAGUUUUUAUCGAUUUAAUCA